CCAUUUUUCAUGGCCCUUAUCUUCAAAAUUUCUGCACUGGACAUCGUGCUUACCCUGAUCUUUCUCAUCAUUGUGAUUUAUCACCGUGCCUCUAUUAUACCAGCCCGUCGUCGUUUCAAGAUUCGAAUGGGUAUCCUGAAACAUCGCAAGAAGCGAAGGAUGAAGGAUCGUGCUCGUCGCCGCCUUCGAAGUAUGUCGCACUUAUUUUCUAAAAAUGAAUUGAAUCUUUUGCGCAAGCGGCAAAAGAAGACGGAAGAAAAAGCUGAUUUCCAACGUGACCUGGCGAUUGCAGCUGCAGUUGCUGGAGCAAUUGCAGCAACGAAGACAACACCAACGUCGCCCACUCCUGCGACACCACCUCCUCCUACUCCUGAAGACGAAAAGAAGAAAAAAAAGAAAUCAUCGUCAUCCAGUAGCGAAAUGAUCACUGCUCAUGGCGACGUUUUAAGAGGAGAACAGCCACAGGCGCCAGCAGACGUUGUAAAACCAGCUGAUGGAUCGCAGCCACCAGACGCAUCAAGACCAACAGGUGGAUCGCAACCAGCAGAUUCAUCGAGACCAACAGAUGCAUCGCAAACACCCCUCGCGUAA